CGAUUACCUCAGGGCAUACAGCAGCGGACCUAACUGUCAUCUGCGAUCGAUUGAGGAAGUACAUUAUCGGACAAAAGAUAUUAUUGUGUUAUUAACAGAUAUUUGAUCAUUGAAUAAGAUACACCGUUCCUCACAGAAAGAAAAGAAUGUCAACAACGACUGCAAAUAUUCAAAUGUCAACCCCAUUUAUACCACAAGUAGUUGGAUUUCAACAAGCUCCACCAGUCGGACGCCAGCAACAAGCAUUUCCAGUGAGGACAUUUAAGGUGUUUGGUGGUGUGCAGAUUGGUCUUGGUGUUCUUCUGGGAAUUCUCAGUAUAAUUGGAGUGAUUCUGGAUAUAAUUGCAUGGAACAAAUACGACGACUGUCGCACCAAUUAUUAUUAUUACGAUGGCUAUAAUGAUCAUUAUUUGAAGUGCAGAUAUUAUGAUGAUGAUCACGUACUUUUUGCAUUUGACAUAACUUGUCUAAUAUGCUCUGGAUGGUAUAUUGUAACUGGUUUUUUGCCUAUGUGUAUGUCAAAGAAGAGGGAGGCGAGCUGGAAAUGUCUGAAAACUGGAUUUAUGGUGUGUAGCAUAGUUGGAGCGUCAGUUUUUGUUCCUACAAUGUUCAGUCUCGGUGUUGUCGGAUCAGUUAUAAGAGGAAAUAACCAUUCAAAAGCUGUGGUUCUGUCAGCUUUCAUGGCUGUGUUGACCUUUGCAGAAGUAGUAGUGGCAAUCAUUGCCGCUUCAUUCUGUUGUUGCUGCUCCGCAUUGAGGACUUCAAACCACCAGGAAGUUGUUAUAAUGCAAAGUACACAACCUGGAAUGUUUCUUAACCCACCACAGACUCAGAUUCCUAUCGCAAACAGCCACCAGGUCAUGAUAGCUACUGGACAACAAGCUAACGCAAUCGUUCAAUAUCCUGCAGCGCAACACUAUCAUGUUAUGCCUACUAAUCAACCGUCAGCUCAACAGAGUCCGGCAGUUGGUGGUACACAACUAGAAGUGAACCAUGGACAAGUUUUUGAUACUAAUCCACCUGCUUACAAAGAAUAACAAUCUCUUACAUGCGAUUGUGUUCGUUGUAAAAAUCAAAAGACUUUUAAUCUUAAUUUAUACAUUACUAACACUUGUGAUACAACAGAACAUAAUUAUAUAAGAAUACGUGCUUAGAAAUACGAGAAAUAUUGUUUUUUACCCUAAUAAUUUUUUUCUAAUGUGAAAACAUAAGGUUUUACUUUUAAAGACGAUUAGAAACUGAUAAAAAGUGUUCAUUUUUCGAUAAAAAUGUUAAAAUAUGGGAGACAAUAAUUGCCUUCGAGUUUGGAAAUGAAUCUCUGAAAAAAAAUAUGAAUAUCAUAUUAUACAAUUUCUCUUUUUAUAUUUCUGUAAUAUUUCACUGAAAAGAUUAUCAGAAUUAGUAAUGUUUAAUCUCUUUCAACUUAAUUAUACUUGAAUAUGAUUGCCAAAAUACAAACAGGUCUAUAUUAAUCACCUCCCACUGUCUACAUACCUAAUUUGAAGAGAUACAACAACUGAAACCGUUUUCAGUUGAUUUGAAAAUGAUAUGACUGUAACCCGGAUUUGUUUUUGUCUCCAUCGAUUAAUGACUUUCUAACAGUGGUAUACUUAUAUUGCCUUUAUUUAACGAAUACAUCAAUAAACAAUGUAAUAGGUCCUAGCAACACAUAUUUUAAGAAUCUAAAGAAUAAUAAUCAAUAUAGCAUUUGUAACAUUUGGAGCAGGAUCACCCCUAGUAUUUAAUGGGGUUUUUGUUGCUUAAUCUUCAGUUUGCAAUUUGUGUCAUGUGUUCUAUUGUUUGUCUGUUUGUCCUCUUUCAUUUUUAGCCAGGCGUUGUUAGUUUAUUUUUGAUUUAUGAGUUUGACUGUCCCUCUUGUAUCUUUCGUUUUUCUCUUCUAGCAUAUUUUGACACCAAAAUUGACAUUUUUGCUGAUUAACAUUGCUGUAUAAAUUGAUAAGAGAAAUAAUACUACGUUUUACAGCUUAAAGAUUUAUAAAAAAGAUUGAAUGCUUCAAUGGUGAUAGAAAUACAGAAUCAAACCCCUAAAUAUUUCUAAGUAGUUGAAUUGAUUACUGAUUAUUGAAUCAAAAUGAUAUAAAAUAACAUUAUGUGUAAUGAAAGAUUUCAUAAUAGUAUGCAUGUAUAAAAAAGAUUGAAUGCUUCAAUGGUGAUAGCAAUACAGAAUCAAACCCCUAAAUAUUUCUUAGUAGUUGAAUUGAUUACUGAUUAUUGUAUCAAAAUGAUAUAAAAUAACAUUAUGUGUAAUGAAAGAUUUCAUAAUAUUAUGCAUGUAUAUAGUAAUAUUUUUGUACUGCAUUAAUUUUGAGUUUGCUAAAAUAUUGUUUUUCAGUUCCUUUUAUUCCUUUGAUAUUUGUUUUGG